AUGUCUUCCCCGUCCUCGUCGGUCCCGCGCGUCGCCUCCCUGGCUGACAUCUACCCACGCGACGCCCUCGCUCAGCAGACGUCCCGCUGGAACGCCCUCUGCGCCCGUUUUCGGUCGGCCUACGGCCGCGAUGCUGCACCCGCCUUCGUCGCCCGCUCGCCCGGCCGAGUCAACGUCAUCGGCGAACACAUCGACUACUCGCUGUACUCGGUGCUGCCCAUGGCCAUCACCGCCGACGCCAUCCUUGCCGUGUCCUCUCGGCCGAGCGCCGGGCCGACCUACAGGGUCCGCAUCGCAAACGUCGACGAGGCCAGGUUUCCCACGCGCGAAUUUGUCCUCGACGCCGACGCCGACGUGGCCAUUGACGCCACCGCCUCCGAGUGGACAAACUACUUCAAGAGCGGCCUCAAGGGGGCCCUGGCGCUUCUCAGGCAGAAAGCUAGCGCCUCUGGUGUUGAAUUCCGCCCUUGCGACAUGGACGUCGUCAUGGACGGCACCGUUCCUGUGGGCGGGGGUCUCAGCUCCAGCGCCGCGUUUGUCAGUGCCAGCGCCCUGGCGGUCAUGAUGGCCAACAGCGACGCUCCCGUCGACAAGAAGGAACUGACCGAGCUGGCAAUCGUCAGCGAGAGAUACGUUGGCGUUUACUCUGGUGGGAUGGACCAAGCCGCCUCCGUCCUCUCAGAACUUGGGUCUGCUCUGUUCGUCUCUUUUAGCCCGCAGCUUGAUGCCAAGCCCGUCAAAUUCCCUCGCACCAAUCCGGAAGUCGCCUUCGUUAUUGCGCAGUCCUUUGUCACAUCAACAAAGCACGACACCGCUCCGACCCGCUACAACCUGCGCGUCGUCGAGUGCAGCCUAGCCGCCGCCUACCUCAACGCCGCGCUGAACCCACCGGGUGCAGCCCUGCCCCUCGACGCCGGGCCCCUGCGCAUCAGCCUCAAGGGGUUUCAUGACGCAUAUGCCACUGCUGCCGGCAACUUUGCAGCCGACGGCGUCGAUCUGGAGGAACAGCUGCAGCGCCUCGUCAGCCUUGCUGGGGAGACGCUCACGCAGGAAGAAGGGUACACCCGCGAGGAGCUCGCCAUUGUCCUGAAAGACUCAGUCGCAGCAGAUUUGUCCAGACUUGCGGUCGACGAGGGCUGGCCUGUUGCUGCGGCUGGCGUCAACGAUCCUGUCGCUGACCUGGAGCGUAGGUACAUGUCCAAAUUUACAGUCCGCGCCGAUCGCUUCAAGCUGCGUCAGCGUGCUCUGCACGUAUUCAGCGAGGCGCUCCGCGUAGUCCAGUUCCUCAAAUUGCUCGAGAACGCCGAGCCUGGGAGCACCGACGUGAACCAGAAGCUUGGCGAUCUCAUGAACGCGACACAGGACUCAUGCCGGGAUCUCUACGAGUGCAGCUGCCCGGAAAUCGACGAUAUUUGCCGCAUCGCGCGCAGUGCAGGUGCCUAUGGUAGCCGCCUGACAGGUGCUGGCUGGGGAGGCUGCACAGUGCACCUUGUGCCUGUCGACAAGGUGGACGCUGUCAGGGCAGCUCUCGAAAAGGAAUACUAUGCGACGAAGCGCCUCACCGAGGAGCAAAAGGCCCAGGCAGUUGUGGUUAGUCGGCCGGCCCGAGGCAGUGCUACCCUAGUCGGACACUCGGGGUCGUUUUCAUUGUAA